GGCGAUGGCGACAAUGACGGUGACGAGUGUUGUUGUUCGUAAGGUUGCGGAGAUGGUGUAGAAGCGAACGACUGCAUCUUCGUGGUACAGACCGAGAUGGUCGUCGAUGGUCCGGAUGAUCCAUUCGCCGGUGAAACAGUUGAACUCACAGUUGUAGCAUUUUGAUUCUGCGAUGCCAUUUUUGAGAAAAACGAAUUAUCGAGGAGUAUCUACCCCUGAAGUAUAUGCACACUCUCAGGGGCAGAGUACUUCAAAAGUACUCAGAUGAAAGUAUUCCGCAGUUAAACCCGUUUCAACCUUCGGUAUUAAUGCUUUCAUUUGAACAAGUAAGGCUCCGACCUCGAGAGCCAGCUUUCGGGACGCGCCACAUUGUUCCUGGAUUCUUUUUUUCCUUCCCGAACUUAUUUAAAUGACACCGAACAAGUUAAUCUGGCAUUUAACUUUAUCCUCGAUUAUUGACAAAUCAACUACAAAGCGUAAUUCACAGAUAGGAACCUAUCUCGUGAAAGGUGCAACAUACGAGAUCAUUUAUUAUCGAUUAUUUGUUAUCGAAUAUCACGAUUCAAACUUCGACUUCGACCCCGACAGCGAUACGAUCUUUUUUUCUAUUUUCCCGAAGUCAAAGAUAACAGAAAACUACUUUUGACAAAUUCCAUAUCUUAUCAGUUUAUCGGUGGACCUAAUAUAUCAAUAAAAAUUUCGGCAGUAAGUGACUCAUAAACAGUGAAACACCGAUGAAGAAUUUAGUUUUCAAUAUGUCAAAUUUGGAAGAAACAAAUAAUUUAAAUUCAUCAUUAUUUGCUGAUUUUGAAAACUAUGACGACGAUUUCUCUGAACUUAAGAAUGGAUCUACAAUACCCCAACAAUCGAUCGAACAAAAUAUCUUAUCAUGGGAUGUAUUUAAACAUUUCCCAUUAAAAAAAGAAAGUGAAUCAAUGCAGAAUAAUAAAUGGUUGGGUUCUUUUGUUUUGCGUAUUAUUAAAUUUUUUAUGUAUGGUAUUAUUUUCUGCAUUGUAUUCUGCUGUAUUUUAAUUGCCAAAAGUGCAGUUCUUUUUGCAGUCUCACAGCUUGAUGAAGAACAUUCUGUAAAUUUCUAUGAUUACUCAGGUGCUGCAGGAAAUAUAAAUGCAAAAAUUUCCAAAGAAGGUAGAAUAAUUUGGACAUGGUACAUCAUCUUUAUGUUUCUUGUACCAGAAUGUUUUAGUAUUUUACAAUCUAUAUGGCAUAACAUUUUCAAAAAGAAAGAAAAAAUGCCCAAAAAAGGAAGUCUGGUAGUACUUUUUAUUUUGGAAACUCUUCAUCCAAUUGGUUUAGCACUUUUAGUUUUUUACAGCCUUCCAAAGAUCAAUUCCAUAGAAGCUGCAGCAUUAUGUAGUUGUAUAUCUUUUAUUCCUGUUCUAAUAAAUUUACUCUCUCAAAAUCGAAAGUAUUCAGGAAUUAAAAUAUUUAUAUUAUGCCUAUUAUGCAACAUUUUAGCAUUUAUUGCUCAAGGAUCUGGAUUAAUUAUACAUUACUUUCUGUACUAUGAUGCGCAUGAUGCCAUAAUAUGGAUUCUUCCACUAUCACUUUUAUUAUCUUCUUGUCGAUGGUGGAUCAAUUAUAUUUCUGACCAUAGUUACUGGGGUUUUAUAAGAUUUUUAGCAGCAGUAAAAGCGGAUUUGACAAAUAACCAACAUUUAUUACAAGGAUACAUAGCAUUUUGGAGAUGUUUGAUCUUUAUUUUGAGUGCCUCUGUAAUUUCAAUUUUUAAAGGAAUUCAGUUUCAAGAGUUUUUUAAAUGUCUAUUCAUGAAUCAUUAUAAUGUGAAAUUAGUUCAAUUUUUAAACUCCUCUGUUUCUGUGAAUGAACUAAUAACAAAUUACAAUUUGGAAUACAACGAAUUUCAGCAAGAUAAUUUUAAUCCUAUUGUAGACACAUCAGCACCUUUAUAUAUUUUUUUGAUCCAGAUUUUCUGCAGUUUCUUCGCAUAUAAAGCAACAAUAUUUGCAUAUAAAACACAGAUGCAUAAGUGUAGUGUUGCUCUUCCAUUAAGCUUAAUUACUCCAGGGUCAAUAGGUUUAAUGGUAAUGUUUUGUGUUAUGAAAAAUGAGGAUUCAUAUAUUUUUGAUAACAUAAUACCAGAUUAUCUAUUUUUCAAUGAACCCAUAUACAAUAAUAUAAAAGAUUUUAUUCUAAGCUGGCGUGUGUGGUGUUGGAUAAUAUGGUGGUUAUCACAAAUUUGGAUUACAAUACAUGUGUGGUUCGAUCAAAAAGAAAAACUUGCUCCUGUGAAGAACAUUUUUUACAAUUCAACUUAUGAUUCCCUUAUAAUUGAUCAGUUUAUAGGUUUAAAUAAACGGAAAUAUAAUACUUACAAUACCACUGAAGAAGAAGAGCUUUUCGAUUUGACCACGCAGCUUGAGACUGAUAGUAUACAGGGAAUAGAAAAGUCAAAUAGAUCAGACUCAGGAUAUUCAGAAGAAAAUAUUAAUAAUAGAGAAAAUGCCUGCAUUACUCAAAUUUAUGCAUGUGCUACUAUGUGGCAUGAAAAUAAAGAGGAAAUGAUGGAACUGAUUGGAAGUAUAUUACGAUUAGAUAAAGAUCAAUGUGCUAUGAAAGUUACACAAAAAUACUAUAAAAUUUUUAUUAAAGAUUAUUAUGAACUUGACACACAUAUAUUUUUUGAUGAUGCCUUUUGCUGUAUACAUGGUUGUACUGAAUCAUGUAAUCAUCUUGAAAGUGAAACACAAAUAAAUCAAUAUGUAGUGACAUUUUUGGAAACUAUGCAAGAAGCUGUAAAAAAUCUAGGUAUAGCUUCAUUACCUCCAACUAAAUAUCCAACACCCUAUGGUGGUCAGCUAAUUUGGACUUUACCUGGAAAAACAUGUUUAACAGUACACCUUAAAGAUAAAAAUAAAAUUAGGCACAGAAAAAGAUGGAGCCAGGUCAUGUACAUGUAUUACCUUCUUGGUUUUCGCUUAAUGGGAUUACCAAUUGAUAUGGAUCGUAAAGAAUUAUUAACACAAAAUACUUACAUUUUAACGUUAGAUGGUGAUAUUGACUUUCGACCAACAUCUGUGAAAGCAUUAAUUGACUUAAUGAGGAAAGAUAAGGAAUUAGGCGCAGUUUGUGGACGAAUACAUCCAGUAGGAAAAGGUCCAAUGAUUUGGUUUCAAAAGUUUGAAUAUGCCAUAGGUCAUUGGCUUCAAAAAUCGACAGAACAUACUAUAGGCUCGGUACUUUGUAGUCCUGGUUGCUUUUCUCUUUUCAGAGCAAAAGCUUUAAUGCAGCAUAAUGUCAUAGCAAAAUAUGCAACUAAAUCAACUGAACCCAAACAUUAUAUUCAGUAUGAUCAAGGAGAAGACCGUUGGCUUUGUACAUUGCUCUUACAAGCUGGUUGUAGGGUAGAAUACUGUGCAGCUGGUGACGCUUAUACACAUGCCCCAGAAACAUUUAAAGAAUUUUAUAUUCAACGUCGUAGAUGGAUUUCAUCAACUAUGGCUAACAUAUUUGAUUUAUUGAAUACAGCUAAAGAGACAAGAAAAUUAAACAAUAAUAUUUCAUGGCUUUAUAUUGCAUAUCAAUGGAUAUUAACAGGUAGUACUAUUAUUGGACCAUCUUUCAUCUAUUUAAUGAUGGCUGGUGCAUUUGUUGCUGCUUUUCAAAUAGAUAAUUGGUCAAGUUUUUGGUAUAACUUAAUUCCACUACUUGUGUUCAUAGUAAUUUGUUUCUUCUGUCAAGAUCAUAUUCAGCUUAUUGUAGCUGAGUUUAUUUCUGUUAUAUAUGCUUUAGUAAUGAUAAUUGUAUUGGUUGGAAUACUACUACAAAUAGCAGCCGAAGGAUCUUUUGCACCCAACAUUCUUCUUUUUUAUAUUGUACUUGCCCAAUUUGCGCUAACAGGUUUUAUGCAUCCACACGAAAUAUCAUGCUUGAAUUUUGGAAUCAUUUAUUAUAUCACAGUACCAUCAAUGUACAUGUUGCUUAUUAUUUACUCUAUUUUUAAUGUACAUAAUGUUACAUGGGGUACUAGAGAAUCUAAGCAACAGACAAAGGCAUCAGAAGAAGCUAAUAAGUUGCAAUCUAAUGAAAAAUUCAAAAAUAAUUGGAAAAAUUCUUCAUUUGUCAACUUUUUUAAAUACGUUUUUUGCACAUGCAGUUCACAAAAAGAAGAAGAGUAUUUAAAAUCUAUCUAUAAUGCAAUAAACGAAAUCAAUAUACGCUUAGAAACAAUAGAAAGUAAUUACAGAAUCGGUAGUAUAUCAAAAGAUAACAUAGAAGAAACUAAUAACAAUGAAAGUACUGGAUAUGUUGCUGAAACUGAUUUACAAACUAUUAAAGAUGAUUUAUACAUAAGUGAAGAUUCAGAAAGUGAAAAUUCAGUACAAUCAUUUACUAAUGUUUGCAAUGAAUAUUCCACUUAUUUAAUAAAUCCUAAUUGGCUUCAAAGUAAACAUAUGCAACAUGGGAAAGUAGAUUUUCUAUCUACAACAGAAGAGCAAUUCUGGAAACAAUUAAUUGCAAAAUAUUUACAUCCUAUUGAAAAGGAUGAAGAGAAAGAAAAAAUAAUUAAAAAAGGAUUAAUGAAGAUACGAACUGAGAGCCUUCUAAAAUUCUUUACCAUAAAUACUUUAUUUGUAGUAGCAAUUUUCUUAUUACAAAUUAAUAAAGAUGUUUUAAACUUACCAUGGCCUUUCGCUGUUAAAUAUAAUAUAACUUAUGACGAAGGAAGAAUGCAAGUUUACGUAACAAGGGAAUACAUGCGUUUGGAGCCUAUAGGAUGUCUUUUUAUUAUUGCAUUUGUUACUAUUUUAACCAUUCAAUUUUUAGCAAUGUUGGUUCACAGAUUGCACACAUUUACUCACAUUAUCGCUAAUGUGAAAUUAAAUUUACCUUUUCCUUGCAAAGCAAAAGAUGAAUCGGAUAAUUUAAUUACUACUGAAUAUGCAUUAAACAUAAUAGAAGGACUUCAAAGUGCAGUAGAAAAUGAAACAGUACAUUCUAUGACAGAUAAUGAAAUGUAUUAUUCAAAAACACAGAAAACUAUUCACGAAUUAAUGAAAGACGAUCAAAGUUCUUCAAAGAUUUCUACUAAUUUUGAAAUACUUUUUAAUAGAAAACUGAGAGAAAACGCUAGAUCUGGUUUCUCUAAUGUGAUAUCUCCAAAUGUACCAAAAAAUGCAUUAGAAGCAUUUGAAAAUCAUCGUUCUACAAUUAUAAAAAAACGUAAGAAAAGGUUACCUCUAGAUAUUAUUUAUACUGAUAGUGAAAAUGGUGAAGCAUCAAAUUUUAAUUCAAAAAACACAAAUAAAACAAGAAAUUAUGAGUAUGAUAAUCCAGCAUACUUAAAUGAUAAAGAAAAUUAAUAUUUAUAAAGAAUGUGCUCAUUUAUCUCAUUUAAGUAUCCAUUGUGCUUAAAUUGAAUUCUACAUUAAAAAUAUUUAACCUAAUCACUAAUCGCAUAAAAAUUUAUUAAUUAUCAUUCGAAGAUUCAAUUUUAUAAAUAUUUUUGAAUGUAAAGUUGUACAAUUUCAUAAUAAACUGUUUAGCAUAUUAAUUUUACAAAUGUAAAAUAUAAAUUGAAUAUAAUAUUUAACUUACGUAAAUGUGGUGUUCUUCAAGAUGACUAUUUGU